UUUUGUGUGCCACAGCUCCAACUUUGUAGUGUCCAGCAAGGCAACGCUAUGGACAGUGUGCACGAUAAGAAAACUGCAACUUUAACUUAACCAUAUUUAAUACAUUUACAUGCGUAACGAUCUCCAACACAAGCGAGGAGAUGCGCGCAGUGGAACCUUCAUUUUAACUAAGGAGACAAUGAAUUACUUUUUAAGCUGGUGAUCCCGAGAAGGAAACGCAAAGGAGUACAUUUUUCUAACGCAAAUGAUUACCUUUUUCUACGGCUAUUUACAAAGACCUGAGACCAAUAAGUCAUGAGAAUACGGAGACCACACGCACGGUUUUGUGAACUUGUACAAGCAGUUUAGGCUCGAGACAGAAAAGCGAAAACCGUUUUAUAUGUAAGAGAUCAUUUUUCUGGUAUAUAUGAAACUCAAGUUUUUGAAAAUGAAUUUUUUUUACAUUUAGGAUUUUAUUCGAUGUUUUUUAUUUUAACUAUGGUGGAAUCGGCUCAUUGGGCAGGUACGGCGCGUUGUGCGCUGGUGAUCUUGUGUGCGCUUUUCCGGUUGUGUUCAGGCCAGUAUCACGGUGAGAAGGGCAUCUCUAUACCCGAACACGGCUUCUGCCAGCCCAUCUCCAUACCCCUCUGUACGGACAUCGCCUAUAACCAGACCAUCAUGCCGAAUCUCCUCGGUCACACGAACCAGGAAGACGCCGGGCUUGAGGUGCACCAGUUCUACCCGCUCGUCAAGGUCCAGUGUUCCAUGGACCUGAAGUUCUUCCUGUGUUCUAUGUACGCGCCGGUCUGUACGGUGCUCGAGCAGGCUAUCCCGCCGUGCAGGUCCCUGUGUGAGCGGGCGAGACAAGGCUGCGAGGCCCUGAUGAAUAAGUUCGGUUUCCAGUGGCCGGAGAGGCUCCGCUGUGAGAACUUCCCCGUCCACGGAGCGGGAGAGAUCUGUGUGGGUCAAAAUACCUCGGACACCGGUCGCCCCACCUCAUACCCAACACCCUACCUUCUGGAGCUCAUGACUCUACCCCCCAAUAUUGGUCGACCGAGCCAGCAACAGGAGUUCUCCUGCCCGCUACAACUGCAGGUGCCCAACUAUCUGAACUACUAUUUUAUGGGGGUUAAGGACUGCGGCGCGCCUUGCGAGCCCACCAAGCCCAACGGGUUGAUGUAUUUUCGGGAGGAGGAGGUGAAGUUUGGCCGGCUCUGGGUCGGGAUCUGGUCCAUUCUGUGCUGUGUGAGCACCCUGUUCACAGUGCUGACCUAUCUCGUGGACAUGAGACGGUUCUGCUACCCAGAGAGGCCUAUCAUCUUCCUUUCCGGCUGCUACUUCAUGGUGGCCACUGCCUACGCCACCGGGUUCAUCUUAGAGGAUAAAGUGGUGUGUAUUGAUAAAUUCAAGGAUACUGGUUAUAAGACUGUAGCUCAGGGAACUAAGAAGGAGGGCUGUACAAUUCUCUUUAUGAUUCUGUAUUUCUUCGGCAUGGCCAGCUCCAUAUGGUGGGUGAUUCUGUCCUUCACAUGGUUCCUCUCUGCCGGUAUGAAGUGGGGGCAUGAAGCCAUUGAGGCCAACUCUCUGUAUUUCCACCUCGCUGCCUGGGCUGUACCCGCUGUUAAAACGAUUACCAUCCUGGCCAUGGGACAGGUGGAUGGAGAUCCACUCACAGGGGUGUGUUAUGUGGGCAUCAACAGUGUGGAUUCCUUGCGCGGUUUUGUUCUGGCACCUCUCUUUGUCUACUUGUUUAUAGGGACGUCGUUCCUUCUCGCGGGAUUUGUCUCUCUGUUCCGGAUCAGAACUAUCAUGAAACACGACGGAACCAAGACGGAGAAGCUGGAGAAGCUUAUGGUUCGGAUCGGAGUGUUCAGUGUCCUCUACACCGUUCCUGCCACGAUCAUCAUAGCCUGUUACUUCUACGAGCAGGCGUUCCGUGAACAGUGGGAGAAAACUUGGCAUACACAGAUCUGUAAAAAGUUUGCUGUGCCUUGUCCACCAAACAAUUUUGCGCUCAUGAACCCAGACUUUACUGUCUUCAUGAUCAAGUAUUUGAUGACUUUGAUUGUCGGCAUCACCUCCGGGUUUUGGAUAUGGUCAGGCAAAACACUGCAGUCAUGGCGCAUGUUCUAUAAGAGACUGAGUACCAGCAACGAGGGAGAAACGACAGUAUGAACAUCAAUGACAGACCGAGUACCAGCAACCAGGGAAUGAUAAUAUAAUAGAUGGUGUCCCAAAUGGCACCCUACGCCCUAUUUAGUGCACUACUUUUGUCCAGGGCCCAUAUAGUAGUGCACUAGUAAGGGAGUAGGGUGCCAUUUGGGAUCAGAACAUAACGCAUGGAAUAAGACCUAUGAUGAGUUCAAUACGGGGGUCCGUGGCUCGUGCAGCCCCUCCCGAACUGGACGAUCAGAAUCUUUUCAGGAGCCAAUAAAAAGCCAUUGUGGCUUCCCAGAUCCCAGGGUUGUUGUUACGAAAACAAGCUCAUACGGACACUUUAUUGUGCAAUGAUCAUCUGAAGAGGAAUACGGAGAAACGGAUAGUUCCGAACGUAUCGUUACCGGCAUGUAGGUCAAAUUCUGAAUCAUGUAGAGCCCCUGGGUGUUUGUAAGAAAGUGUUUUUCAUUACAGAGGUGAUCCUGUAACAAUUGUAUACAAUGAAUGAGCCUAUUCACACUAUAGAGCUACGGCGACAUCAUAUAAUGCUACUGGCUUCGGUUGAAGAAAGAACACUUUUGACCUGAUGAAUUUAUACUGCAUUUUUGUUUGACAUUCACAGCCAACCAGUGACAAUCAUGUAUUUGUGGCACAGUAAGACUGACAGACAUUGCAUUUAGAAAUGGGAUAGAAUUUGCAUGUGUGUAGCAGUGGAAUUAUACAAGCUACUGCAGUAUACAUAUCUUGCAAAAACAUAUUUUUUUCCCCCAAAAAUUAAAUCUAUUUUGGAUAAAAAUCAUGCAAUUUUUUACAAAUGCUUUUUAAUGCUGUAGACGGUGUGUAGGUGACCUGUACAAUUUCACGGAUUAAAAUUAUUAUUAUUUUUUUUUUAAAUGUCUUGCUUUUGUGGUCAAAUGUGUAGCCUAUGAGAAUAGUUUAUAUUUAGAGGAAUAAGUUAUUGUAAGUCGAUGAUUUAAGGGAUAGUUCACUCAAACCCUCACCCUGUAAGCAGUCUAUGGAGGUAGGACAGCAAUCCAUGCUGUGGUUUAGUUUCCCUGGCACGGUUUACAAAUGCUAACGUUUUAGCAUUUGUGGACGCAAAUCCCAUUCAAGUCCUGGUACCGAUAUUAGCAUUUUUUCCGCGCCUCACGUUCAAAACAUUGAAAAGUAUUUCAAAUUGAUUGUGAAGCUCAAUAAGUCACUUAUACAUGGUUUUGAACAUGAUGCGUGAAAAAUGCAGUUAUCCAACAAUGUGUAUGCCACCAUCUUGGUCUAUUUAAAAUCUUCUCUCGUUGAUUGAGACAGGUGGGUGUCCACUCCAAAGUGCCGCCACCUGCAACGAGACGUGGACGUUUCGAACGGGGCAGCAGGUAGCCUCGUGGUUAGAGGAGGCAGGUAGCCUAGUGGUUAGAGGAGGCAGGUAGCCUAGUGGUUAGAGGAGGGAGGCAGGUAGCCUCGUGGUUAGAGGAGGCAGGUAGCCUAGUGGUUAGAGGAGGCAGGUAGCCUAGUGGUUAGAGGAGGCAGGUAGCCUAGUGGUUAGAGGAGGCAGGUAGCCUAGUGGCUAGAGAAGGCAGGUAGCCUAGUGGCUAGAGGAGGCAGGUAGCCUAGUGGCUAGAGGAGGCAGGUAGCCUAGUGGCUAAAUGAGGCAGGUAGCCUAGUGGCUAGAGGAGGCAGGUAGCCUAGUGGUUAGAGGAGGCAGGUAGCCUAGUGGUUAGAGGAGGCAGGUAGCCUAGUGGUUAGAGGAGGGAGGGAGCCUAGUGGUUAGAGGAGGCAGGUAGCCUAGUGGUUAGAGCGUUGGAAUCCCCUAGCUGACAAGGGACAAAUCUGUCGUUCUGCCCCUGAACAAGACAGUUAACCCACUGUUCCCCUGAACAAGGUAGUUAACCCACUGUUCCCCUGAACAAGGCAGUUAACCCACUGUUCCCCUGAACAAGGCAGUUAACCCACUGUUCCCCUGAACAAGGCAGUUAACCCACUGUUCCCCUGAACAAGGCAGUUAACCCACUGUUCCCCUGAACAAAGUAGUUAACCCACUGUUCCCCUGAACAAGGCAGUUAACCCACUGUUCCCCUGAACAAGGCAGUUAACCCACUGUUCCCAAGAAAAAGGUAGUUAACCCACUGUUCCCCUGAACAAGGUAGUUAACCCAC